AUGGGUUGCAAAAAUAGUCGCGGCCAGCCUAAAUUGGUCCCUAUGUCAGUGAAGCUCGAGCAAGAGAGGAUUGCUGAAAAGAAGCGAAUUCCCGCAAAAAAUGAAGCAGACCAUAAGCUAUUGAUCGACAAAAAGACAGCAUUGUUGAAGAAUAUUCUCGAAAAGAAACAGGCUAAAGAGAAGAAGUUGGCGGCUAAGAAGAAUACUGAAGAAAACGCCAAAAAGGUAGCCGCAACAAUGGAUUUCGACUGCAUCCCAAAGCACUAUGCACUCGUUCUGAAGGAAAAUGGCGAUUUAAAGCAACUGAUCAUUGGACUAGACUUCGUCACCGACCCUCCCAUCGACAUGAUGGCAUUAAUGAAGGUUCUUCCAGAGUAUGCACCAGCAAUAACAAAUGUUCUAAUCAACAUGAUGACACCCUCUGAGCGCAGCUCACAGGAAGUUUAUCAACAACGUGUGGAAAACAUGAAAAAGGUAAUGGAAAUUCUGAACUCAUUCCCAUUAACUGAGCUCAACAUUCUAGUUCACAUCGAUGAUCACGACAGCUUUCAGCAGCUAAAGCUGGCUGCUGCCGUUAAUGGUCUAGUGUUCCAGGACUGGACUAUGGAUUACCGAGUCUUGGGUUGUUCUGACUUCUAUCCAAUUAAAAGAAAUACCUCUUACUCAAGGCGACUUCGCGGUGUGUAUAGGACUGAAUUUGGUGCUCAUUAG